AACGCUAUGGCUAAUUGUUAAAUAACCCCUACAAUAAUGUCAGGUCAAUUUUCUGAACCAAGGGAUUAUAAGCUUAUUUACCAGUUACCUGCGAUACUGAAUUAAUGGAAAAUUUAUGUUGCUUGUUAUUAAAAUUUAAUAUAAUUAAAGCACAAAAAUUUGCAGCAAAGUUUAUGGUAGGUCAUUAUCAGAGAAAUUAUACUGAGCAUUCAUAUCGGCUUUGAUUAUAACGUCUUGAUUGAGAAAUUCAACCUUGCAGGUACUAAUGUUGUUGCAUAAGCCAUACACCCUUAAUGUUAUAAUAUUAACUUGAAAUCCAGGCAGAUUGUGUACAUUGUUUAUAUAUAUGCAAUAUGGCACUUAAUAAUAUCGUAUUUAUUCAUUUUUUACACAGUAAAUGUUGCUUUAAAUCAAUUUAAGGCACUGACAACAGAUGUCACAUUUCAAUAUUACACUGUCACCUUCGAAAACAAAAUGUAAACAUUCGAUCACACAUUGUUUACGAGAGAGACUACGGUAAUAUAAUGUCUGGGUCACAUCGUCCAAAUCACAUGAAGUAACGGUGACCGCGUGACUUGAGCACAUAUAAUGAACUGUGCCCCCGUCGACACUGCAUCAUAUCGGCAACAAUGACAAUCACACAUUGAAUCAAAUAAGACAGCUUCUUCGAAAGAGACAGAGCGGUGUAUACUUCUGUCGUCGGCUGGAUUGGUGGACUGGAGAGAGAUUGUGAGAGAUAUCGUUGGAAUGAUCAGGGCUUUCAGCCAACAAAUACAAAUGUGGACGGAGGGAGAGGCCGAGUCCCGGCUGGAGGACAUACUACGCCAGUACGAUACUCGACUUCAUCCUUCCAAUGAUCUCAACAUUCCGCCAGGCUUCAAUAGAGCAAGCGUUCUCGUUCCACUCUUCUGGAAAAAUGGUGAAUGGAAUGUUCUACUCACCGUCCGAUCAGAGAAUCUACGGUCUCAUUCCGGACUCGUGGCUUUCCCCGGUGGAAAAGAAGACCCGGAAGACGAAAACGUUGUCGCGACAGCUCUUAGAGAGUCCGAAGAGGAGAUCGGCCUUGACCGGAAACACGUGCGCGUGCUGUGUGUACUUUCUCCUGCUAUUGUCCGACCUGCAAAUAUAGUAACUCCUGUUGUGGCGAUUAUUCCGAAGGACUUUGAGCCAAUAAGAAAUGUCGAGGAGGUCCGAAAGGUGUUUAGUCUUCCGAUAUCGAGGUUUCUUAAUGAGGACUACACCGUGAAAAAAUUCCCGUUUCGUGGUUCACUCUUCUUUGCCUACUUUUUUUCUGACAUAAUUGAUGGAGAGACCAUCCAGACGUGGGGUUACACCGCGCAGGUGAUCAUGAAAAUCGCCAUGGUCAUCCUCGAUUCCGACCAGCAGCGAGAGGUCACCGAAGGUCACUUCAUGACCAAGGACACAUCCUUGUCGGCUCAGACGGAGACGGACUUACUGCAACAGAUGCUGGACAAUGUGAAAGACUCUAAGCUUUGAUGUUGCGUUCGGAAAAGUUUAAAAGCGAUACAAAUUUUGUUUCCGUUGUAUAUCUGAUUCAUGAUAAAAUAGGUAUCUAUCAUUAAAUUAAGAGGUACACAUUUACGCCAUAAUCAAGAACAAACAUAUAUAUAUAUAUACACACAUAUAUCUCAAAUUGAUAUAAAGCUUACUAAAAUGACAGCCCCCUAGACAGAAUGUUUAGGAAGGUGUCGAAAGAAACGCCCUACAUGUGAAUCUUGAAACUGAUUCGUUUCUUCAUCUCCUGUACACGUGCUAACUGAAGAGGGAAUUUUAUUUAAGCGUUUGGAGUCGUUUAAGUGCCAGGCAAAGACGGGUAUAAGUAAUCACUCUCAAGAUUUGAGAACAUACAAACAUUCAGGCAAAUUCUGUGGCGAAGACUGUUUGUGGUUUGUUCAACAGUUACGAUUCGGUGCAGUAAGUGGUUAAAAUAACAACAGAAUACCGGAGUAUCAACAAGACCAUGAUUCGAACUAAAACACCAGGCCAAAAUAUGAACAUGGAAAUAUUUACAUUGAGACCCUUGAAAAAAAGUACAAGGAUGAUAAGACCAGGUGUUCCGGAAGUGUAAACGUCUUAUGCUUCAACGACGACACCCGCCAUGUAAAUCUAAGUCGAAUCCAAGUAACGUGUCGUCCUCACAUCGAGAUCUCGGAUAGUGACAACAACAUUUCAGAAUGUCACCAGAAUGUUUUUCUAGCCUGUGGUCGAUUUUAUGAUUCAGUUUGAUUUCCAUUCAUUGGUCGAUUAAGACACGUGAUCAGGAUUUCUAGUCAGUGUUCGAUUAUGUGAUGUAAAAUUGUCCAGAAUUUUCAAACCAGUGAUCUGUUCAAGGAUAAGACCAGGAUUCAUUCUGCAGCUGAUGAUCAAUUUAGAAAUGCGACAAGGACCGAUUUUUAGCCGGUAAUCUAUUUGAUGAUGUGACCAGAAUUUCUUUCUAUUCUUUGUUCGAUUAGGUAUGUCACCAAGUUGCAAGCCUAUGCGUAAUUUGGUGAGUUCCACACAAUGCUCAGUUUUAUGAUAUGACCUGCAUCACUUUUUGCAGCUGAUGGUCAAUUUAGAUAUAAUAAUAAUAAUAAAAUGAUAAUUCGAGGUUCUUAUAUACCGCUUUAUCACAACCU